AUGUGGCAUUUGCAAAUCAAACAUGAGCACCGGCUUCAGUUAUUACUGAUUAAUAUACUCUUAUCAUGUAAUGGUUUGUUUACAGUUGUAACUUCUCUGGAUGUAUCUAACUGGAUGAAUGAAAACUCAAAUAUGAUGAUUGUCUCACAACUACAUAAUUCUAGUAUCAAAUCCACAUUGUCGACUAACAAGUCAAAUACCUCACAGUGUAUCAGUGAAAAUGAUUCUGCAUUAACCACGGGGAUAAUUUUUAUCUUAUCUCUAAUUGUUGCAAUAGCUACUGCUGGAGGAAAUUUUUUAGUAAUUUUAGCUGUGAUACUUGUAAAAAAGCUCCAAACACCGAGCAACAUUCUUAUUGGGAGUUUAGCAUUUAGUGAUUUAUUUGUAGCCCUAUUAGUCUUACCUUUCACAAUAAUUGAUGCUUAUCAAGGUUACUGGCCGUUUAAUGAGGCUUUAUGUGAUAUGUACAUAUCUUUCGAUGUACUGUUGUGCACUGCAUCAAUACUAAAUCUUUGUGCUAUUUCCAUUGAUCGGUAUUUAGUUAUCACAAAACCAUUAACAUAUGCAAGUAGACGAACACCACGUCGUAUGGCUGCAAUGAUAGCUACUGCAUGGAUAGGUUCAGCAUUAAUAAGUGUACCGCCUAAUUUCGGUUGGAAAGAGCCAUUUCAAAAAUGUGCCUGUGAGUACAGUAAAAAUGUUGGCUAUCAGGUGUAUGCAACAUUUUUUGCAUUUUAUCUACCACUUUUCGUGAUGAUUAUCUUGUAUGGAAGGAUAUUUAAAUUGGCCAGAGAAAUGUCACAUAGUGGUCAAUCAAAAAUGACUCCAGGCGUAUCACGUAAAUCAACUGAAAUACCAGAGAAUGUAUCGAAUAAUUCAAAUUCAGAACCUAUAUUAGAUAAGAAGUUACAUGAAGAACUACAAAUAACAAGUACAAAUACAGCUCAAUAUGUACAGUCAGAUGAUGAAAACAUGGUAACUAGUGAAACUGAUAAUGGUUUAAAAAAGGAUGUAAAUACAAAAAAUAGCAUCUGUGAAACAAAAGAAGAAAAUAAACGAUUAAACUCUUAUUCGUCAAGAAAACUACUCACUGACUCUAUGAAUGUAACUAAUGAAUUGUGGAGAGAAGCUCAUGGAAGAAGAUCUCGUGGAAAUUCCGAUACGAAAGUAAUUAAAACACUUGGAGUUAUUAUGGGCUGCUUUUGUCUUUGUUGGCUUCCAUUUUUUAUGAUGCAACUACUUUUGGCUCUUUUAAGUGCAGCUGGUUAUAACACUGAAAAUUUGAUUCCAGUUGGUGUAUUUCGAUUUUUACAAUGGUUAGGUUAUGUGAACAGUUUUCUGAAUCCCCUUAUAUAUGCCAAAUUCGAUCGUGAAUUUCGUGGUCCUUUUAAAAUGAUACUUCUUUGUCAUUGUCGAAAUAUUAAUGCGCGAUUACGUGCAGCUCAUUAUUCUGCUCAAUAUGGUCUACCAAGUUCAUCAAGUAAGCGUCAGAGCGUGAUUGUGUCAUCACUCUAUAGACGUAAUGAUAUGGCUUCAGGAUGGCUCAGGCGGUCUCUAAAUCAGAGAUGCCCUGCUACCGUCCCUGUAAGACCGCGUCGAAGACCUCAAUUAACUUUCAGAAACACUUUUCCAGGACAACUGGAUGAAAGAUGA